GCCCUCGGACUAUUUUAAGGAGCGCGCGCGACCGUAGUGGCCUCAGCCCUCAGCCUGCCACGCUCCGGCUCCCGCUCCCUCCCCCACCUCUCCUGUGCUCCCGGCCGGCAUGGGUCCCCGACUGGGCUCGCUGCUCUCUACCCUCCUGCUGCUUCUUUCCGUCGCGGGCACCGCGCACUGUGACACUCCUGCCAACUGCACCUAUCCUGACCUGUUGGGCACCUGGAUCUUACACGUGGGCCCUGGUGGUUCCCAACGCGAUGUCAACUGCUCGGUUAUGGGACCACCAGAAAAAAAAGUAGUGGUGCACCUUAAGAAGUUGGAUACAGCAUAUGAUGACUUUGGCAAUUCUGGACGUUUCACCAUCAUUUACAAUCAAGGUUUUGAGAUUGUGCUGAAUGACUACAAGUGGUUUGCCUUUUUUAAGUAUAAAGAAGAGGGCAGAAAGGUAACCAGCUACUGCAAUGAGACCAUGACUGGCUGGGUGCAUGAUGUGCUGGGCCGGAACUGGGCUUGCUUCACUGGAGAGAAGGCGGGAAAUACCUUUGAAAAAGUGAACGUGAACACAGCACACCUUAAGAGUCGCCAGAAAAAGUAUUCUAAUAGGCUCUACAAAUACAACCAUGACUUUGUGAAAGCUAUCAAUGGCAUUCAGAAGUCUUGGACUGCCACUGCAUACAUGGAAUAUGAGACUCUUACCCUGAAAGAGAUGACUCAGAGAGGUGGUGGCUACAACCAGAGACUCCCACGGCCCAAACCUGCACCAAUAACUGCUGAAAUACAGGAAAAGAGUUUGCAUUUGCCAGUAUCCUGGGACUGGAGGAAUGUUCGUGGUACCAAUUUUGUUACUCCUGUUCGAAACCAAGCAUCUUGUGGAAGCUGCUACUCAUUUGCUUCUAUGGGGAUGAUGGAAGCAAGAAUCCGUAUACUAACCAACAAUACUCAGACCCCAAUCUUGAGUCCUCAGGAGGUUGUGUCAUGCAGCCAGUAUGCUCAAGGCUGUGCAGGAGGCUUCCCAUACCUCAUCGCAGGAAAGUACGCCCAAGAUUUUGGGCUGGUGGAAGAGGCCUGCUUCCCCUACACAGGCACGGAUUCACCAUGCACAGUGAAAGAAGGCUGCUUUCGUUACUACUCCUCUGAGUACCACUAUGUGGGUGGUUUCUAUGGGGGCUGCAAUGAAGCCCUGAUGAAGCUUGAGCUGGUCCAUCAUGGGCCCAUGGCAGUUGCCUUUGAGGUCUAUGAUGACUUCCUCCACUACCGCAAGGGGAUCUACCACCACACUGGUCUGAGAGACCCUUUCAACCCCUUUGAGUUGACCAAUCAUGCUGUCCUGCUGGUGGGCUAUGGCACUGACUUGGCCUCUGGAAUGGAUUACUGGAUUGUUAAAAACAGCUGGGGCACUAGCUGGGGUGAGGAUGGUUACUUCCGGAUCCGCAGAGGAACUGAUGAGUGUGCAAUUGAAAGCAUAGCAGUGGCGGCCACACCAAUUCCUAAAUUGUAGAGUGUACCUCCCAGCAUUUCAUACUGACCACAUCAGUCAUCAAACGAGACUGAGUUAUUCACAGACUGUAGACUUUUACACUUAACAUUUUCAGAUUUCAGAUAGAUUCCUAUGAAGAUUUGUGCUUUAAAAUUAAAACUGCCCUUGAUUUUAAUAUACCUUCCCAUCAAACACCAGCACGUGAUUAAGUGAGAUUUUUGUGGAUGAUGGGGAAUUGUAAGGUAAUGAAUUUUGAGAAUCAUUUGUAAUUCAGAUGCUAUAUUUUAAAAAAUCUAUGUGAAAGUACAGCCUUAUUUUUAAAUUGUAUAAACCAUGAGAAAAUAUGGCAAUGAUUAUUAAAAUAAAAAACCUUUUGUAAAUAUUCAAGUGAUAUAUAUGUAUUAUAGAAUGUAUGAAGUGCUUAAGAGAAAUUUUUACUUUUGAUUCCAGUUAUAUUCACUUGUCUCACUUACACAGAUACUUUAAAAAGGAAAAAUCACUUCAGGGUAUUUCAAUUAAAAAUAACAAAAUUAUGAAUCUUUACAAUAGGAGGUAAACUCAAAUGUCUAGUGAAUGCUAAGAUCACCUCCUGGAUAUCUGAUGAGCCAGAGAUCAUAGAGAAACAGGAGUUUUGAUAAGAGUCUGGAUAUUGGUUACAUCUUCCUAUGGUGUGUCUUGCAUUUGGAAGUAUUGGUUAGCCUUUAUUGGGUGAACAGUAAUAGCUUAAUUAGCAGAACACUAGCAGUUUAGAUUUGGUCAGAUCUUUGGGAUCUCCAAGGAAUAUUUUGUAGUGACAAGAGGCUAAGUAAAUACAUAGGAUCCAUUAGAAAUGGUAGAUUAGGCAAAAUUAGGCAGUCAGAGCUCUAAACAAUAAAGAACCACAAGCCUUUUGGAGCUGAAAGAGACCUUAGAAAUCAUGUAAUCUAAGUUCUUCUUAACCAGAAAAAAGAAACUAAGGCUUAUAAAGAGAGCAAGUCAUGCAUCCAAGGUCACACAGCUGGUAAAUGGUGAGUUGUGAUUAGAACCUAGCUUUUCUAGGUCUGGCUCUCCUUGAGUGCCUCAGACACUGAAUCGCUGCACUUUCUCCCAGAGUGUCCAAAAUCACUUGGGGAUUCUAAGUGCAUACUUGGAAAUUUCACACUGACAUGUUAAAUCCUAGAGUUUUAUCUUAAACCUCAUGUACUUUUACACUGUAAUUCACUACGAUGACAUUUUUACUCUUCUUAAACUGAAAUGUUAUUCCA